AUGUCAAUUAUCAUACGUGAAUCAGCUUGGCGAGUUAGUUCACAACGAGGCAGCUGCUCUCGUCCUUUUGCAGCUUUCAGCAGCAUCUUGUGUCCAGGAUUAAAGUGUAAGCCGGUGGUAGAGGGCUGCCAACUUCCAUUUGUGUGGGAGUCGUCUGCUAGGGAUCCAUUUUCAAGAACCAUGGAGGACGAUGACGACCCCAAGACUUGCUAUGACGGCGCUCAAGUUCAAAGUUUAAAUUUCUACUUGGAGAAAUCAGGAGAACACGAGGCCAUUCGUGACGUCAUGCAAGAAGUUCUGCCUCCUGUCAUCAAAUGGUUCACUUCUCAUAACGUUUAUGAAUCCAUUUUGCCACUGUUGUAUGUUCAGCAAAUCUCCACGCAACCAGCAGUAGAUUUAAGAACUGGUGACAAUGGUGCACUUAGUUUGAUGGCAGAAGGGAAAAACAACCUGGAUAUUCUGGGAAUUGGAAGCGGUGGAGCCGCUGCAUUUGCCUACUUUAUUCGCAUUCACGAGAUUAGUGCCCCCACAAACAGGACAAGAGAGAUUAAUGGUCCACUCCUUGAGACUUUCUCCCAUCUAGUGACAAAGCAUAGUUGGCCAACUGAAAAGUUUGUUCACAACACCGUCACCAGCUCUGUGCACUGCUACAGUCGUUCCCGUUCGGAAAAACAUUGCUUUGCGAUUGUUCCCAUUUCAAGUGGAGGAAGAGUGAUUUCCAUCUCCAGAACCAUGGAGGACGAUGAUGAUCUGAAGACUUGCUAUGACGGCGCUGAAGUUCAACGUUUAAAUUUCUAUUUGGAGAAAUCAGGAGAACACGAUGCCCUCCGCGACGUCAUGCAAGAUGUUCUGCCUCCUGUCAUCAAAAGGAUGGCAGAAGGGAAAAACAACCUGGAUAUUCUGGGAAUUGGAAGCGGUGGAGGCCAAGUGGACAUCCACAUUCUGAAUCUCCUGCAGGAAUUGUGUCCAGGUGUUUCCCUCUCCACUGACAUCGUGGAGGGCAGCUGUGAACUGGUUGAAAACUUCAAAGAGCGGGUGAAGACGACUCCAAGCCUUAAGGAUGUGCCGUUCACCUGGCACGUCAUGAGCAGUGAGGCAUAUGUGAAGCAAGAAAGAGCCAAGGCUGAGAUCAAGAAAUUUGACUUCAUUCACAUGGUUGAGAUGAUCUAUUAUGUGGAAGACCUUGAGGAGACUCUGAAGUUCUACCGAAGCGUUCUGAAACCCAAUGGCAGAAUCAUGAUCGUCCUAGAGGCAGAUAAGGGAGGCUGGGACACGCUGUACAAUACCUUCACAAAGGAGAUCUCGAUCAGUCCCCUCAAGGAGCACCGCUUCACCAGACACAUUGCGGCGUCUCUGAAAAAACUUGGAAUGAAAUUUGAAGAGCACGACGUCCCCGGCACUGUCGACAUCACAGACUGCUUCGAUUCCACGAAUGAGACCGGAAAGCGUCUGCUCAACUUCCUCACCUACUGCGAUGAUUUCCAAUCGGACUUCUCUCCGGAACUUCAAGAGAGGAUAUUGGAUGUCAUCCGCAAUAAGUGCAGCACAGAGAAAGACGGGAAGAUUUUCUUCCACGACGAAUCGAGUAUGCUUCUAACUGAUGCUGAAAUAAAUGAGGGCAGGACACACAUGUUUUAA